AUGUCGCAGAAAUUUCCAGAAGUUCAGGGAGGAGGCUCUUUAAUUGUAGCCUGGCAGGUAAAGAAUAAAAAUGUUCUGGUCGUGGGCGGUGGAGAGGUAGCUGCAGGCCGCAUUCUUCAUGCGCUUAACGCAGAUGCCCAUGUAACGGUCGUCUGCCCGGCCUCGGGACUCAAUUCUGAAGUGGCCUUUCGGGUAUCAGAGGGACAGGUCACCCACAUCGACCGUAAUUUCGAGCCGGCGGAUCUAGACACCGCCGACAUGGUUCUCUGCGCCAUCGAUGACCCAGAGGCGUCAACGCGUGUAUGGAAGCUGUGCAAAGAAAAGCGGAUCCCCGCCAACAUCGCCGAUGUACCCCCCGAGUGUGACUUCUUUUUCGGGAGUGUGCAUCGAGACGGUCCAUUGCAGAUCAUGGUCAGCACCAAUGGAAAUGGGCCCAAGCUUGCCAGUAUCAUUCGAAAGAAGAUCGCCGGGACUCUUCCCGACAACACGGGCGCGGCGAUAGACAAUGUGGGCAAGUUGCGGAAGAAACUUCGAGAAAUUGCUCCUGAUCAGCAUGAAGGACCCAAGCGAAUGAAGUGGUAUGUCGAUGCUGCCCUCUCUCCCCGAUUCAACUCUAAACAGUGGUUUAGGAUGUCUGGUGUAUGCGAGUCAUGGAGUCUGGAUGACCUGGUGCGGAUGAAUGAGGAAGACAUGACGAAACUACUCGCCCAUUACGAAUCUGGAAAAAUCCCGGCUUUCGACGAAAUCCGGUCUACUUAA